CGUAACAAAAUGUGGAAAAAGUGAAGGGGUCUGAAUACCUUCCCAAUGCACUGUAUGUUGAGUGUUUGGUAACUGUACACACAACAAAAAGGCUUGGAGUGCUGUCUGCUGAGGAUCCGGUUGUGUGGUGGUGACAUCAUGCGGGGAGUGGACACGGUGAGAUCCUGUUUCUAAUGACAGACAGACAGACAGACAGAGCUCCUCUCGGCUCUGAACCAUACAGGAUGUUUUGCAUUGAUUUAUUGAGGCUGUACGUCAUGAAGUUCUCUCUAAUGACAUCGUCUUAAAACCAUAUUUAAACUGAUUGUGGAGAAUAAUGGUUUACUGCCGCCAAUAAACAUGUCCCGCAAUUGACCUGCUGGAGCGGGAAACAGUUACUACAAGGUCAAUCAUUUCCUCCAGCUUGGCUCGUUUUUUUAAGCGGCAGACGGGACAACGUUGCGGGAGUGAGCGCACACACAUCAAAACACAGCCGGUUGUUUUGUUUGGAGCCAAGCUGGAGAUGCUGAACUCCCUUGUGGGGAACUAGGGAUGGUCACUGUGGGGACAGUGUAGGGACAGGGAGACUCCAGUUUGGUGACAGUGACUAUAGCACACAGACAGGCUACAGCACCCAUUUGCUGGGGUCUGUCCUACUUCUGUCCAGUGGGCCAUUCUGGUUUGGCUCAUGGGUAAGAGAGCCACCCUAACCAGUUUUUGACAUCAGAGUGCCCAGGCAUAGGGCCAGCCAGAGAGAGAAAAUGAGAGAGGGAGAGAAAGAAAGAGGAGGAAGACAAAACAAAGAUGAGAGAAGUAUGAGAAAAAGUUCAAGAUAAAGAGACAGAAAGAGGUGGGGAAACAGUGUGUAGGUAGGAAGGUAAGUAGGUGAGAGACUGGCACAAACUCUUCUUCUGAGGGAGAAGUAAUAGAAAAACACACAGGUUACUAAGUUCACUGGGUAGACAGGCUCCACUCAGAGCAAGUUGGCACCAAAUUAUGCAUUGUGCAAUUUGCACGAGUUGUUAACUCACUUGCAUAUUUCAUUCCAAUCGGAGUACAGAUGAAACUCUGAACAUGUAGCUGUUUACUCCUAAAUCUUCCUCAGGGGACCGUCCUGUCUUGGUGGUGACACAGGAGGGCCAUUGUCCUGUCCUGUGUGCUCUGUGUGUGACAAGUGUGACCUGACACCUGUUCCCCUGGUCACAGCAAGCUCCCCAUUUUAGAUCACUCCAAAGAGUUGGAGAGACGCUCCACAGCUAUUCUUACGGUGCCACUCCUGCUCUCUGCAUUCACAGGCUUUCAAAGGGCCAGUCAGAAAUCAUCCCUAAUACCCCCUGCUUACUUGAGCUACAAGCAAAAUACAUUACACAAAUGAAAAAGAAGAUUCAAGCGUAGCGGGGGAGGGCGAGAGGAGGAGCGCAGUAGCAGCACCCGGCAGAGGAGCCUUGUAGAAUGAAACAUUUACCAGCUCCUCUAAUUAGGAUAUUGCCUUCCGAACACUGGAGUGGAUGAGAGGUGACAGAAGCCCAAUCGGCAACAAAAGCAGUAGGGCGCCUCAGACGUUUUAUCACGCUGCAGCUCCUGUGUCUUCUUCCUCUUCCUUCAGCCAAUCAAGAAUACAGUAUUCUUAUUCUACACAACAGAAGUUGUCCGGACUGAAGAUGGUGUGGGUACUACUUUUAAUGGCCUUCCUGACCACUGGGGUGGUCCAGUGUCAGAGAUCCUUGCUGAAAGACAAAAAAGGACUGGACCCAGAGGUCAACAUGAAUAUUAGUGAGAUCAUCAGGUAUUGGGGCUACCCAGCAGAGGAGCACGACGUCGUCACAGAAGACGGCUACAUCCUCAGUGUCAACAGGAUCCCACACGGCCUGAAGAACGGUGAAGAUCCCAAGCCUGCAGUGUUCCUCCAGCACGGUCUCCUGGCUGCGGGGAGUAACUGGGUGACCAACCUGCCCAACACCAGCCUGGCUUACCUGCUAGCCGACGCUGGCUACGACGUCUGGAUCGGCAACAGCAGGGGAAGCACCUGGUCCAGGAGACACCUCACACUCAGCCCUGACCACAACGAGUUCUGGCAGUUCAGUUAUGAUGAGAUGGCAAAGAAGGACCUGCCAGCAGUGGUCAACCACAUCCUGAAGACCACAGGCCAGGAGACGAUCUACUAUGUAGGCCACUCUCAGGGAACCACUAUUGCUUUUGUUGCAUUCUCUUCCAUGCCUGAGCUGGCAAGCAAAAUCAAGAUGUUCUUUGGCCUGGCUCCGGUGGCCACUGUGGCUUUUACUGCCAGCCCCAUGACCAAGCUCUCCAUCUUUCCCGACUUCCUCAUUUGGGAUCUGUUUGGGAAGAGGGACUUCCUGCCUCAGAGUGCUCUCAUCAAGUGGUUUGCCACCAACUUCUGCAAUAAGGAGCCUCAUAGUGAGCUGUGUGGAAACAUCUUCUUCGUCCUCUGUGGCUUUGAUGAGAUGAACCUCAACAUGACUCGCACACCUGUGUACAUCUCCCACUGCCCAGCAGGAACCUCAGUGCAGAACAUGAUUCACUGGUCUCAGGCGGUGCAUGUUGGAAAGCUGAUGGCGUAUGACUAUGGGAGAGCAGGGAACAUGGCUCACUAUAACCAGUCGACCCCUCCAUUGUACAACAUCCAGGACAUGAAGGUGCCUACGGCCCUGUGGUCUGGAGGUCACGACACCCUUGCUGACCCUAAGGACGUUGCCGUGCUGCUCACCCAGGUCUCCAACCUGGUGUACCACCGCCACAUCGAGCACUGGGAACACCUGGACUUCAUCUGGGGCCUGGACGCCCCCCAGGAGAUGUACAGUGAGAUAAUCAAACUGAUGAGCCAGCAGGACUUGGUGUGACCAGUGGAUAGACAGGGAGAUAUAUGGCUAAUUUUAGCCUCAGCUCUCAUCACAAUCGCUGAAGAGAUUUUAGUACUGUAUCAGACAUAUAUUGGGAGUCAUAUUUCGGAGUGCCUGGGUGCGAGUGUGUACGCACGUGUUUGUGCACUGAAUGUGUGUUUGUGACUAUAAGCGUGUGUAAGAGUGGGUAUUAGCAUGUAUGUGUUUGUGUGUUUGACUAAACCAUGAGCAAUAAUCAUUCACCUCUAAAUUGGGAUAGUGAGGUACACAAGCUGUGAGUUUAGGGUUAUGUGUGAGGAAUCAUCAUGUAUUCUUUUUGUCUUACUUAACUACCGUCCUCUCUUCCAGAACACUUUAAUGGAUUUGAAUGUGUGUUUUGAGAAUUUCCCAUCAAACAUUUCGAUCCAGUUGAAAUCCUGCUUGUAGGUUUGGAUGAAUGUAUCUCAGUCAUUGGUGCAUUAUCAUGGUUACCGUCCAGGGCCCAGUUCAACACCCAGUACCUCUCUCUACAAGACUUGUAUUUUUCAUCACCAGGAAUGUUUUAUUGCUGUGUUGGGUUGGUUUAUGUUGCUGUGCCUUUUUAGUCAAACAAAUUAAAUGUUUAGUUUGUUUACCGCUCUUUCCUGAGCUACUGAUAGACUGUCUUUUUGUUAGCUACUUAAUCUAUGUAUUUUUAUUGGAUCUUGGGUAAGCACAUGGGAAUUAAUUAGGAAGGGUGCUGACCAAAGAAUGACUGACUUGUUUGUUCAUUCAUUGUCUACUUAUGUUGUGUUAUAACACUUAACAUAACUAUAACACGUAUGCUGCCUUGUAACUAAUGGAGAAAACUACUCAAUAAAACUCCAUUAGAAAAUCA